AUGGCUUCUUUGACUACUCAGAGGCGCGGGGUGGCUAUUGCCUCUUACCGAUGCGAAGAUCGCGUCUUUCCCGUGCUCCCCACAGCACACCCCUUGUCGGUGCGGCGGCGUGAGGUGCAGCGCUUCCUGAAGGGUGAUGACAUCCAUGGCCGCCGUGCCUGGAACCCCUCAACGAAGGACGAACUUCAUCCUUUUCCCCAGCCAGCUCUAACCCACACCACUACUUGUUACAACGGCGUCGACGUAGUCUCCACUCACUUCCCCGAGACGGUGAAAGGCACAGCCUUUCUCAGAAUGCAGGAAACGGUGCUGCCGGCUGUGUGGACGCACAACCGUGACCGCGCCUGCGCCUCUGCGAAGCGCCACACGUAUCGGUGUGAGGCGUUAAUGCAUCAGGAAGCCCCCCUUAGCUAUCUUGCCACUGUCAUCCGCGACGACAGCAGCCCUAAAAGGAAGCGGCUUCGGGAGGGGUGGUGUGCGAGCAGGACCCUGGAGGGGUUUCACCGCAACCACCACAUAGCUCCGGCCCCCGAGGACAUGUCACAUGCCGAGGCCCACCGUGAGCUAAACAAGACGCUAACGGCGAGGCUUAGUGGGGGGUAUGUAAGUCCGUACGACAGGGUGAAGCUGCUCAACUCGUCGCGCAAAAUGCAGAGAGAGCUCAAGGAGAACGCGACUGCCGAGAGCCUCGUCGCCUUUUACGCUUCCCAGCCGGGUCCUGCGGUGUUCAAGAUGAGCAACGCUGACGAGUGGUGGGACAUGGAUCCCGUAGCUGUGACGCGCGAUAUGACGGUGCGCGCAGAAGCGACGAAGGCGAACCCGUACAGCACAAUCUUCCGUAGCAACGUCUCUGUGACCACCACGCGCAAGCCACAGCGUGUAUAG